CGAUCCCAGGACCCUGGGAUCAUGACCUGAGCCGAAGGCAGACGCUUAACGACUGAGCCACCCAGGCGCCCCAAGAUUUUUAAUUUUCUUAAGUAACCUCUAUACCCUGGGGCUUGAACUUAAAACCCCAAGAUCAAGAGACCCCGGCUCUAUGGACUGAUUCAGCCAGGGGCUUGUGUUGUGAUGGUUUUUAGAGGGAGCCCCCAGUAAAAGGCAGGAAUUUCAGGCAUUCAGGUCACCAUAAGGUGGGCUGAGUCAGCCAGGUCCCCCUGUGGGGAUGGAGUCUUCUCAGCAAGAGGAUAGCCUUGUCUGAGAAUGGCAUUCAGAGAGGCUAGGGACUUGCCAGAGGUCGCACUUGGAGUGAUCCAGGACCCAGAGGCCUCACUGGUUGGCCCGUGACUGCUGACCCCUGCGGGCUGUGGCGGGCUGGGGGGCAGGGAAUCAGGGUGGCCAAGAGGGGCAGUGAGGAAUGGCCCAUCUUCCCACCCAGGACACCUUCCCUACCCUAGAGUUCCUUAGGAGAUGGGCACUUGAACUUGGCCUGAGCACCUGGCCCUCCUCUGGUCUCUGGCGCCCCCCUGUGGCCUGUAGUGGGGGGAAUCUUCCUGUGGGCCCCACCCCAGCCCUGCCCAUUAGGAGGACCCAGAAUGCUUCAGGUGAGAGCGCACCAGAACUCCUGCCCCCACUCCCUGCCAGGAGUGAGUGAGACAGCCUGACUCCAUUUCCCCACUUGGCUGAGGGUGGGCACAGGGAAGCCAGAGGGCAGGGCUCAGAGGACAGCAAAUUGGAGGCCUGACAGAAAGUCCCCUGAGUACUGCCAGGGAGGCUCAGCUCAGCUCCGCAGACAUUCACAGAGCGCCUCCUCCGCCAACGCUGGCAAUGACUCUGUCCGGACUCAGGGAGGUCCCCGUCUGAGGGGGCAGGCAAAACCCCAAAGAGAUCUUUUAAUGGAAGAAUUUGUUGUCUAAAGCCACUAAAAUGCCCCACCCUUUGUUCCCUCCUCUUGGACAGACCCACAGUCCCAUGGCGUCCGGUCCAGCCCAGCUGUCUCCAGCUGGGCAGAAAUCAGAAAUGCCACUGGAUAGAAUCAGUACCUCCACUCGCCCACCUCCUCCAGCCCAGCUUCCACCUCUCCUUGGUUCUCAUGUUCCAGGCCGGCCGCAGGCCUUGCUCCCGCCUAGGCUUGAAAAGCCUGUGGUGGAGUUGCCAGCCCAGCCCCACUCCAGGGUCUAGCUGCGGGGCCUCCUCACCCUCAGCCUCUCCAUUCACCUUCGUCCUUCUCAAGCCUCAGUGUGUCCAUCUGCCAAAUGGGUGUAACCAUCCCCGCCUCACCUACCUCUCUCCCAAGUCGGCUGUAACGAUACAAAUAAAAUGAAAUCUGAAACUACCGAGGUUCUCCCCGCCAGCCCUUGGGAGUGGGGGGGGGGGGGUGCCAAGCGCGGCGGGCAUCCCGGGGAGAGAGGGGACUACAACUCCCAUCCGGCUCCGGGGCCGCGGGCGUCUCCAGCCCCCUCUCCCUGACCUGAGGGAGAGGCAGUCGCUGUCCCAGGGCGGGCGAGGGAAGCCGAACUGCCCCGGGCAUCCCCUACCUAGGUUAGGGGUCGGCGAAGGGCCGGGUACGGCUGGGUCUGGGGCCGCGCGGAAAUCCAGGCAACCUUCCCGGGCCCCUACGGGAAGACCCCCUUGUCCAGCCCAGCCAGGAGUUUACUGUUCGGGGCCCGCCCCCCCACUUCCUGGCCCAGGGUUGUCUCCGCCCCCGCGCGCCUCCGCCCUCCCACCUUCACCUCCAGUCGCGUCUCCCAUUGGCCGGCGCUCACCUGCCCGUCCGUCGAGGGGCGGGGCAGAGGGCGGGGCGCGGCGCCCAGGUGUGGGCGCGCAGGCGGCAGCCGAGGAAGGUGACAGCGGGGAGGGCGGGAGGGGUGGGGGGAGGACUCGCGGACGACCCGCGGACCGACAGACGGACGGGCCGACGGGCGGGCAUGCGGGAGGCCCGGCUCUAGCCCGGGCGCGGGGCUCCGGCCGCAGCCAUGGAGCGGCGGCUGCGCGCGCUGGAGCGGCUGGCGCGGGGCGAGGCCGGCGGUGGCCCCGGGCUCGACGGCCUCCUGGAUCUGCUGCUGGGGCUGCACCACGAGCUCAGCAGCGCCCCCCUCCGGCGGGAGCGCAACGUGGCGCAGUUCCUGAGCUGGGCCAGCCCCUUCGUAGCGAAGGUGAAAGAGCUGAGGCUGCAGAGAGAUGACUUCGAGAUCUUGAAGGUGAUCGGCCGAGGGGCCUUCGGGGAGGUCGCCGUGGUGAGGCAGAGGGACAGUGGGCAGAUUUUUGCCAUGAAAAUGCUGCACAAGUGGGAGAUGCUCAAGAGGGCCGAGACUGCCUGUUUCCAGGAGGAGCGGGAUGUUCUGGUGAAGGGGGACAGCCGCUGGGUGACUGCUCUGCAUUAUGCCUUCCAAGAUGACGAGUACCUGUACCUGGUGAUGGACUACUAUGCUGGUGGGGACCUCCUCACUCUGCUGAGCCGCUUUGAGGACCGCCUCCCACCCGAGCUGGCUCAGUUCUACCUGGCUGAGAUGGUGCUGGCCAUCCACUCUUUGCACCAGCUGGGCUACGUCCACAGGGAUGUCAAGCCAGACAAUGUCCUGCUGGACAUGAACGGUCACAUCCGCUUGGCUGACUUCGGCUCAUGCCUCCGUCUCAACAACAGUGGUAUGGUGGAUUCGUCAGUGGCAGUAGGGACACCGGACUACAUCUCCCCCGAGAUCCUGCAGGCCAUGGAGGAAGGCAAAGGCCACUACGGCCCACAGUGUGACUGGUGGUCCCUGGGCGUCUGUGCCUACGAGCUGCUCUUCGGGGAGACGCCCUUCUAUGCUGAAUCCCUGGUGGAAACCUACGGCAAGAUCAUGAACCAUGAGGACCAUCUGCAGUUUCCCUCAGACGUGCCUGACGUGCCGGCCACUGCCCGGGACCUGAUCCGCCAGCUGCUGUGCCGCCAGGAGGGGCGGCUGGGUCGUGGGGGGCUGGACGACUUCCGGAACCACCCCUUCUUUGAAGGCGUGGACUGGGAGCGACUGGCAACCAGCACCGCCCCCUACAUCCCUGAGCUUCGUGGGCCCAUGGACACCUCCAACUUCGAUGUGGACGACGACACCCUCAACCAUCCGGGGACCCUCCCACCACCCUCCCACGGAGCCUUCUCCGGCCACCACCUGCCAUUCGUGGGCUUCACCUACACCUCGGGCAGCCCGAGCCCUGAGAGCAGCUCUGAGCAGCUGGCUGGCCUCGAGCAGCAGCUCCAUUGUCUGGAGCAGGAGAAGAUGGAGCUGAGCCGGAAGCUCCAAGAGGCCCUGCAGGUCUCCUCAGACCACCGGGAGCUGGAGCGCCUACGGAAGGAAGUGCAGACCCUACGGGGCAGGCUGUCAGAGACACCGAGGGACAGCAAGGCUCAGACGGAGGGUGGUAGCCUGGGCCAGGACUGCGACCUACGGCAGGAGCGAGACCGGCUCGUCCGGGAGCUGGCCGAGGCUCAGGCAGGGCUGCGGGGGCAGGCACAGGAGCUCCGCAGAGCCCAGGAGUGGCAGGAGGACCUGCUCCAGAGGCUGCAAGAGGCCCAGGAGAGAGAGGCGGCCACAGCCAGCCAGACCCAGGCCCUGAGCUCCCAGCUGGAGGAAGCCCAGAACAGCAGCAGAAGGUUGCAGGCCCAGGUGGCCACCCUCUGCCGGGAGGUGACCCAGCUCCAGAGACAGAGGGAGCGAAGUCUCGAGAAGGAAUCUUUCCGGGUCAAGACCAUCCACACAGCCUCUGAAACCAAUGGCACGGGGCUGCCUGAGGGCGGGCCUCAGGAAGCGCAGCUGAGGAAGGAGGUGGCUGCCCUGCGCGUGCAGCUGGAGCAGGCCUGGGGCCGCGGGCUGAGUGGGAAGGAGGAGGCUCUGUGCCAGCUACAGGAAGAGAACCGGCGGCUGAGCCUGGAGCAGGAGCGGCUGGUGGAAGAGCUGGAGCGGGAGCAACAGAGCAAGCAGCAGCUGGAGGGCGAACGGCGGGAGACGGAGAGCAACUGGGAGGCCCAGAUCGCGGAUAUCCUCAGCUGGGUGAAUGAUGAGAAGAGCUCAAGAGGCUACCUGCAGGCCCUGGCCACCAAGAUGGCCGAGGAGCUGGAGUCCUUGCGGAACGUGGGCACCCAGACGCUCCCUCCCCGGCCGCUGGACCACCAGUGGAAGGCCCGGCGGCUGCAGAAGAUGGAGGCCUCUGCCAGGCUGGAGCUGCAGUCGGCCCUGGAGGCCGAGAUCCGGGUGAAGCAGAGCCUGCAGGAGCGGCUGACACAGAUGCAGGAGGCCCAGCUGCAGGCCGAGAGCCGCCUGCAGGAGGCCGAGAAGCAGAACCAGGGCCUGCAGCAGGAACUGGCUGCGCUGCGGGAGGGACUGGUGGCCCGCGGCGCAGGGGGUAAGUGCUCGUCUGCCUGCCUGUCUGGGAGCGAGGCCCCCGCUCAAGCUUCAUGGGGACCAAGGGGGGCCCACGACGGCCUUACAGAGCUGUGGAGACAAGAGCUUGUUCCAGACUCUGCUGCUUACCCCACUGUUACCCGGCACUUACGGAGGCCACCACAGCCUGCAGUCAUUGCUCCGUUUCACCAAGACACUAAGCCCUCGAACUCCCUGAUUCCCUUCCUGUCCCUCCGGAGCUCAGAGAAGGAUUCCGCCAAGGACCCUGGCCUCUCAGGGGAGGCCCUGAGGCCUGGUGUGGAGCCAGAGUUGAGGCCAGAGGGCCGCCGCAGCCUGCGCCUGGGGGCCGUGCUCCCCAAAGCACCUGCUGCUCCCACCGCCCCUGCAGAAGGUCCUCCUGUAAAGCCUGGCUCACACGCGCUGCGGCCCCGGAGCUUCCCAUCCCCUACCAAGUGUCUCCGCUGCACCUCGCUGAUGCUGGGCCUGGGCCGCCAGGGCCUAGGCUGUGACGCCUGUGGCUACUUCUGUCACUCAGCGUGUGCCCCCCAGGCCCCGCCCUGCCCUGUGCCCCCUGACCUCCUCCAUGCAGCCCUGGGAGUGCACCCCGAAACGGGCACGGGCACAGCCUACGAGGGCUUCCUGUCGGUGCCACGGCCCUCGGGUGUCCGGCGCGGCUGGCAGCGCGUGUUCGCGGCCCUCAGUGACUCCCGCCUGCUCCUGUUUGACGCCCCUGACCCACGGCUCAGCCCGGCCAGCGGGGCCCUGCUGCAGGCCCUGGAUCUGAGGGACCCCCAGUUCUCAGCCACCCCGGUCCUGGCCUCUGAUGUUAUCCACGCCCAGUCCAGGGACCUGCCCCGCAUCUUCAGGGUGACAGCCUCCCAGCUGACCGUGCCCCCCGCCGUGUGCACCGUGCUGCUGCUGGCCGAGAGUGAGGCCGAGCGGGAGCGCUGGCUGCAGGUGCUGGGCGAGCUGCAGCGGCUGCUGCUGGACACGCGGCCAAGGCCAAGGCCGGUGUACACACUGAAGGAAGCCUAUGACAAUGGGCUGCCACUGCUGCCCCACGCGCUCUGCGCCGCCGUCAUCGACCAGGACCGGCUUGCCCUGGGCACCGAGGACGGGCUGUUUGUGAUCCACCUGCAUAGGAAUGACAUCUUCCAGGUGGGCGAGUGCCGGCGGGUGCAGCGGCUGGCUGUGAGCCCCGCGGCGGGCCUUCUGGUCGUGCUGUGUGGCCGUGGCCCCAGCGUGCGCCUCUUCGCCCUGGCCAAGCUGGAGAGCACGGAGGUGGUGGGUGCCAAGAUCCCCGAGUCUCGAGGCUGCCAGGUGCUGGCAGCCGGGUGCAUCCUGCAGGCCCGCACCCCCGUUCUCUGUGUAGCCGUCAAGCGCCAGGUGCUCUGCUACCAGCUGGGCCCAGGCCCGGGGCCCUGGCAGCGCCGCAUCCGAGAGCUGCAGGCACCCGCACCUGUGCAGAGCCUGGGGCUGCUGGGCGACCGGCUGUGCGUGGGAGCCGCUGGUGCCUUCGCCCUCUACCCGCUGCUCAACGAGGCUGCGCCCUUAGCGCUAGGGGCCGGUCUGGUGCCCGAGGAGCUGCCACCGUCCCGCGGGGGCCUGGGCGAGGCGCUGGGCGCCGUGGAGCUCAGCCUUAGUGAGUUCCUGCUGCUCUUCACCACUGCGGGGGUCUAUGUGGACAGCGCCGGCCGCAAGUCUCGCAUCCACGAGUUGCUGUGGCCAGCAGUGCCCACAGGCUGGGGUUAUGCGGCCCCCUACCUGACAGUGUUCAGCGAGAACUCCAUCGAUGUGUUUGAUGUAAGGAAAGCAGAAUGGGUCCAGACGGUGCCACUCAAGAAGGUGCGACCCCUAAACCCGGAGGGCUCCCUGUUCCUCUUUGGCACGGAGAAGGUCCGCCUGACCUACCUCAGGAACCGGCUGGCAGAGAAGGACGAGUUCGACAUCCCCGACCUCACUGACAACAGCCGACGCCAGCUGUUCCGCACCAAGAGCAAGCGCCACUUCUUCUUCCGCGUGUCUGAGGAGCAGCGGCAGCAGCGGCGCAGGGAGAUGCUGAAGGACCCCUUUGUGCGCUCCAAGCUCAUCUCACCGCCCACCAACUUCAACCACCUGGUGCACGUGGGCCCCACGGACGGGAAGCCCAGCGCCAGGGACCUGCCCCGGCAGGCUCCAGAAGGGAAGGGCCGAGGUACCCGCGGCUCCGGCCCCCAGCGUCCGCAUAGCUUCUCGGAGGCUUCGCGCCGCCCAGCCUCUGUGGGCAGCGACGGGCUCGCUGGAGACGCGGACGCCACAGUGAAGAGGAAGCCUUGGACAUCUCUGUCCAGCGAGUCCGUGUCCUGCCCCCAGGGAUCUCUGAGCCCCGCAGACUCCCUGAUACAGGUGUCAGAACGGCCCCGGAGCCUCCCCCCAGCCCCUGAGUCAGAGGGGUCCCCUUGACACCCUCUGGCAGGGCCCACCCCGAUCCCAGGACCGAGAGACAGAAACGAGCAAAGAGCUUGAGGAAUGCCAUGCUCCGGCUGGCCCGGGAUGUGUGGAAAUUCGGACUCAGGGAGGGCCUGGGUUGGAGAGCGCCUCGGAGGCUGGUCUGGGUACCCAGGACCUGGGGGCCCUGACUCCCAGCCCUUAUCCUGCCUUUCCCCUCUGCUCCCAGCCCCUAUCUGUGCUAGCUACUGGGAAUAGAAUGGGCCCCUUUCUGCGCUGGGGGCCCAUCUGCCCUGGAGUCCAAGGGCGAUUGUGCCAAAGCUCUCCUUUCCAGUGCCAAGCCUCAGAAGGCCUGCAAGCAAGAGUUGGGAUGAGGGAUGGAGAAGGACUGGGUCCCUGGGAACAAUGUGGGGUCUCUUGGCUGUGGACUGUGUAGCCUCUAGGUGAGGCCAAGUUGGGGCAUAUCGCGGUCUCUGCUCAGGGUCAAGGUAGGAAAGACAGAGUCUGAUCCAAAGGGAAGGAGAAUGGGGCGCCUGGCUGGCUCAGUCAGUAGAGCAUGUGACUCUUGAUCUCAGGGUUGUGAGUUCAAGCCCCACGUUGGGUGUAGAGAUUACUUAAAAAAUAAAAAAUAUGUAUAUUUUUUUUUCAAAGGAAAGGAGGAUAGACAAGGAGCAGGGAGGCUGUAAGUGAAGGAGGAUGUGGGUGAAGGAAGUAGGAGAGGGAAGGGGAAGGAAAAGGAGUGGAAGAGGCAGGAGGGAAGAGGCAUCCAGAGGAGGAGAGGGAUAAAGGAGGAGCAGUGAAGAGGAGCAGAGAGCCGAGGGGGGCCGGGAGGAGAGCACUACUGAUAGGGGCCUUUCUCUCUGGGGAGGAGCUUGGCAGGGUUGGGAACAGAGGGGCCCUGAGAACCAACUGACCUUGCAUCUAAUCCGCCCAGGGGGGAGAUCAUUCCUAGACAGGGACGGGAUGGGGAGGGUAUUUAUAAAGGCUACUUGGUGGGAGAUGGCACCUGAUGGGGGCCGCUGGAGGGUCUCCAGGCACACUCUGGCCCCUCCCAGAAAGGGGUUGGUCCUUUUUCUCAAAGCUUCAACCACCUGUGUAUUAGGGGAUCAUAGGGGGCGUUUUAUUAUUGGUCAUAGUCAUUAUUAUUGUUAUUAUAUUACUAUUUUUAUUAAACUUUCCUCUACUGACAAGUUGGGGGCAAAAUAAGUAUUUAUCUCUUCAAAUGCCAUAUUCCCAGGAGGGACUGACCCUGAUGCUCUGUGAGGCAGUAAGAAACCAAUAAAGAUGACUUUUUAAGCUGCUGGCCUCCCUGCCUGGAUCUGUCCUCCUGGGGCUCAGAAAAUGGGGGGGCGGAGACCAGAGAUGGAGGGAGGAACAGGGAUGUCAGGGACAGUUACAGACUGAGUUGUCUCCCCCGUACUUUCAGGAAUCAUAUGACACAUGCAAAUGGGGGUGAGGACAGUUCAACAGCAAAGGGACGGUUUACAAAAGUGUGGGCAGUGGUCCUAGAGCCCACCAAGGAGAGACGGUGCUCCUGAGCCCUAGCGGGUGGGAAGCUGUUAGCCCCCACAGGCAGGAAGAGGCAGUGGUGGCCCCUGACAGUCGCUGUGGCUCUCAGUAGGAUUUGGCUGUGGUUGAGCAGAAAGGCAGCCAGCCCAGGAAUAAAUUCCUCAUACCUCCCUCAACUCCCUCCCUCCACCUCCUGCCUCCCUUCGUCCAAACACAAGCAGCAGCCAAAGGACACUAGAGCCUGGUCACUGCAGCUCUGGGAACAGCGGGAACAGCGCAGCCUUGGGGGCACCGAGCUGGGUGGAGCAAGGUAGAACGGGAUCUGUAGGGCACACCCAGGGUGCCAGCACCCUGUUGCCCCACCCAGGCUGGUAGGCGUGGGAGGACCCUCACUGGUUCUUAGCUCAAGCGUCCCUGACUGAGCAGGACCCAAGAGGUGCAUGAGGAAGGAGGGUACAGCCUGUGACUCUGGGAUCAGGGCAGGCCUGGGGAGCUGAGGGCUAUGCCCUGAGACUCAUGGCCAGCCCUAAACUGGGGAAAGUACCAAGAAGGGGCCCCAGUGUCACAUCUGCUUGGGGAUGGGAGUUGGAGGGUGCCCAGGGAAUUCCAGCCUUGAGAGUCACACAACCUGAAUUCUAGUCUAGCUGUGCAGUCAUGAACAAGUUAUCUGACCUCUCUAAGCCUCCAUUUUCUCAUCUGUAAAUGCGGGAUCCUAAAACCCACUUCAUGGGAGGUUCUGGCGAGACUUUGGUGCACUGAGUGUAAAAUGCCUUCAGCCCACUCUGGAAAUGUUUGCUUCUGCCCACUGAGAUGCAGAACCCCAGAGAGGGGGCAGGGACGCCAAGACCUCUUGCAAGCUAAGGCCCGCAGCCAUCCUCUCCAAAUUGGGGAAAUGCUGCUUCCCAGAUACCCAGCAAUGAUUUAUCCAAAAGAUUUCCACAUUUUUAAAAAAUUAAUUUUCUCCCAGGCACCUCCUCAGGCUCCUUGCUCAGCAGGGAGCCUGCUUCUCCCACUGCCUGCCACUCCCCCUCCUUGUGCUCUCUCACUCUCUCUCUCUGGCAAAAAAAAAGAAUAAGGAGCCACCAGAAGUUACUGUUACUGUCUCAAGAGAUUUAACACUGAUACAACAAUAUUAUCUAGGGGCGCCUGGGUGGCUCAGUCGGUUAAGCGUCUGCCUUCGGCUCAGGUCAUGAUCCCAGGGUCCUGGGAUGGAGCCCCGCAUUGGGCUCCCUGUUCGGCGGGAAGCCUGCUUCUCCUUCUCCCUCUCCCACUCCCCCUGCUUGUGUUCCCUCUCUCGCUGUGUCUCUCUCUGUCAAAUAAAUCAAUAAAAAUCUUUAAAAAAAAAAAACAAUAUUAUCUAAUGACAAUCUUUUAUGGGAUAUACUGUGAUCCCCCCAAAUUUGUUUGUUGAAGUCCUAACCCCAAAUAGCUCAGUACAUAACCUUACUAAGAAAGAGAACCAUUGCAGAAAUAGUUAAAAUGAGUUCAUUAAGGUAGGCCCUGAUCCAAUAUGACCGGUUCCUUUUACAAAGGGGAAACUUGGGGGCGCCUGGCUAGCUCAGUCAAUAGAACAUGUGAUGGGGCGCCUGGGUGGCUCAGUCGUUAAGCGUCUGCCUUCGGCUCAGGUCAUGAUCCCAGAGUCCUGGGAUCGAGCCCCACAUCGGGCUCCCUGCUCUGCAGGAAGCCUGCUUCUCCCUCUCCCUCUCCCUCUGCUUGUGUUCCUUCUCUCUCUGUCUCUCUGUCA